CCUAGCAACGAACAAACGUCAUCAGUCAGUUUAUGCUCCGCUCAGAUUGGCACUUGUGGGCCUGUUUACUUGGUUUUGGAAAACUCACGACGAAAUCGAUUUAUAUACGAUUAUAACAUGAGCGUCAUUACCAGCGUUACCGGCUUUGCCGCAUUCGGUGUUCUCGUCCGUACAUACGCUUUGGGUCUUCAAAAGCGUCCAUUGUUUUCCAACCCUGCCACACACUUGGCCGCUGCUGCAGCUUUCGGUGGUGUCGGUUACUUUUUCGGCCAAGCUCUCGACCGUCAGAGCGCACUCAUUGAAGGCAAGAAGGAUUUGUUGCUCAAGAACCGAGAACGCGCUGAAGAAAUCGCAAAGCAGCAAGCUGCUCUCUAGAUUUUGAAAAAGAGAAUAACACAGAAAUCUCGGUCCAUAACAUAAAAAACGCUCACGCAACCACCUACAUAUACAUACACAUGUCAAAAAUACACCGUUUCCAUUAAAAUAUCAAUAAAUAAAACACGC